AGACCGCAUCCGCUGGCCUAGGCUGUAGGAUGGUAGCGCACAGCAAGGUCUCAGCAGAUAACGCAGUUGCAGCAGACCCGAGAUGUCUCCUUGACUCUCCAGCACGGGAGCGUUCCCAGGCUCGAGGCUACCACGGCCCAGGCCGGCCCAGCACUGUGCAGGCACAGAGCAACACGCACUUCCGAACCUUUCGCUCGCAAGCGGAUUUUAGCAGCAUCACUCGAGCAAGCAGCCUGCUGGAUGCCUGUGGCUUCUACUGGGGACCCCUGACUGUCGGUGCUGCCCAUGAGAAGCUGAAGUCUGAGCCCGAGGGCACCUUCCUCAUCAGGGACAGCACACAAAAGAAUUGCUUCUUUGCCAUCAGUGUUAAGACUGCGACUGGGCCCACCAGCAUCCGGAUAAACUUUCAGACCGGGCGUUUCAGCCUGGAUGGCAGCAAAGAGACUUUUGACUGUCUUUUUAAGCUGCUGGAACAUUACUUAAGCUCCCCGAGGAAGGUCCUGGUUACCCCCCUGCGCAAAGUGCGUGUGCAGCCCCUGCAGGAGCUCUGCCGGAAGAGCAUUGUGAAGACUUUUGGAAGAGAGAACUUAAACCAGAUCCCCCUCAAUCCUGUUUUAAAAGACUAUCUGAAAUCCUUCCCAUUUCAGAUAUAAGUACAGCAUUAACUGUAUAGGGAUGUGCGAGAUAUGUGUAAAGAAAUCCAGCUUCCUGGGUUUUUAAACAUGUUUGACAGUGAGCAAACUUAUUUUUGUAGCAAUUUACUGUAUUUUGGGAUGGAACUUGAACACUUGACUUCUUAUGUUUACAAAAAUUGUUUGCACAAACCUGGGGUUUUAAAACCCUGGCAUAAUGUUUCUGCCAAGCAGAAUAUUUUUUUAUUUUAUAAUAUUUUUAAUGAUGUUAACAUAAUAAACUUUAUUGUGAAAG